AUGGUUCAAGGAUCUUUGAAGAAGAAGCCCACCACGGCCACGGCAAAGCGUGGUGCGAAUGCCAGAACCAGACCCGGUGUCCGACAGGUCGCUCCCAAGAAGCAGGGUCUUGUCAAGGCGGCUAAAUUGACCAAGAAACUCACUUCCGGGCUCGUUUCGAAGACGGAGCGCAGUCUCGCGACCAAGGCGGGCCAUUUGGAGCUGUUGGCUGGUGGAAAGAAAGAUCGGUUGGAGAAGGAGAGGAAGAAGAAUCCUAUUCACAAUGGGCAGAAGAAAUAA